AUGGUCGGCAUAACUCUACCAGUGACUAUGAUCACAACUUGCUCCGAAAUUGAAGUGGACGUUUUAAUGCGAAGUCGUCAACAUCGACUGUCGGGACAAGUGCGAGCAAUGUAUGAAAAAGCAGAGGCCGCUAAAGCCAUUGUAAUCUCGGUUUCUACAGAUAUUCUCACAUAUCUUUUGACCUGGGGACGCUUGCAUGUAUGUGGCGCCGGCUCCAUCAACCUGAUACUUGAGAACGGUAACACUGCAUUUGUAAAGGACGUCCUUUACGUUUACGGUCUCGACCACAAGGUGAAAUUAAAUUCUCAGCACAAAAUCGAGAAAGCUGAACAUACUGACUUUGCCAGUACCAACCCUAUUGCGGGGAGAAUUCCGCGGCUUCCGUCAUUAUCGCCUUCGGAAGAUCUACUUCGAGGUUGCAUUUGCGGCAAGAUGACUACCGCCAAGUUCGUCACGAAAGACAACGAUGUGGUUAAUACUGCAGCACCAUUGGAGCAGAUGUGGUUCGAUGGGUUCAACUGGUGUUGA